GUGAUAUACUGUGGAUAUGAUGCUGAGGAGGCUUAUUAUGAUGACAUGAAUCCACGUUAUGAGCGAUACGGCACUGGCGUUGAAUGUCCCGCAAAUGUAGACUCACUUAAAGAUAUUUGCAGCGAACUGGGCACUACUAAUAAUCUAUCAGGGAGAUUCUUCUGGGAUGUAGUGGCCGGCUUGAAAUAUCUCGGUUAUCUCAAGCCAAGAAUCCGGGACAUAAUAUUGGAAAGUCCCAGCAUUGCUCACUACGAGAAAGUUAACCAAUUUUGCAAACUACCCGAUGACACCAUGGUCAAAUACUGCGUAUUAACCAAUGCUAAAUUGAACGAGGCGAAAGCACUACGCGACCGAUUUCUUGGUUACCUGAACGAGGCUAGCAAGCAGACAAAAAUUAACUUGAGCCAAGUACUAUGGUAG